CGCAUUCCCACCCCUUUUGGCAACGAGAUUGCUGUUGAAAGAUACGACAGUUCCGGUAGAGGGGGCGGGCUCUCACAUCCUUGCAGUUUUGCUUCUGGUCCGGACGCUGCAACUUCCGACCUCCGCCUUUCUCCCGGGCGGGGAAGAGACGCGAACUCGUGCGCAUGCCCGGAAUCAUCCAAAAGGGGGAGGGCCUAGGUUGCGGGAGCGGGAGGGGGGGAAAGAAAAGGGAAUUCCAACCUGUGGAAUCUUGGGGGGUCCCAAUUGUUAGCUCCUUUCCAGUGAUUGUGGAUGGUGUCAGGGACGGAGCCUCUCGCAGCUUGUGGGGUAUUUGGGGGCCCGCGGGGUGAAGGCGGAGUGGAGUGUCAGGGUGUGAGGGAAGUUCGGGAGUUCCAAACUUAGGAUCUUGAGGCCCUCGGGGCUCAGGUGCUGGGGAGAGGGAGCCCGGGCCGCCAUGCGGGACAGGACCCAGGAGCUAAGGCAGGGGGAUGACAGCUCGGAUGAUGAGGACAAGGAACGGGUCGCGCUGGUGGUACACCCAGGCACGGCACGGUUGGGGAGCCCAGACGAGGAGUUCUUCCAGAAGGUUCGGACAAUUCGGCAGACUAUUGUCAAGCUGGAGAAUAAAGUCAGGGAAUUGGAGAAACAGCAGGUCACCAUCCUGGCCACGCCCCUUCCUGAGGAGAGCAUGAAGCAGGACCUGCAGAAUCUGCGCGACGAGAUCAAACAGCUAGGGAGGGAGAUCCGAGCGCAGCUGAAGGCUAUAGAGCCCCAGAAGGAGGAAGCUGAUGAGAACUGUAAUUCAGUCAACACGAGGAUGAGAAAAACCCAGCAUGGGAUCCUGUCCCAGCAAUUUGUGGAACUCAUCAACAAGUGCAACUUGAUGCAGUCCGAAUACCGGGAGAAGAAUGUGGAGCGGAUUCGGAGGCAGCUGAAGAUUACAAAUGCUGGAACGGUAUCUGACGAGGAGUUAGAGCAGAUGCUGGACAGCGGGCAGAGCGAGGUGUUUGUAUCCAAUAUACUGAAGGACACUCAGGUGACUCGACAGGCCCUAAAUGAGAUCUCCGCCCGGCACAGUGAGAUCCAGCAGCUUGAACGCAGUAUUCGUGAACUUCAUGAGAUCUUCACUUUUCUGGCUACUGAGGUGGAGAUGCAGGGGGAGAUGAUCAACCGAAUUGAAAAGAACAUCCUGAGCUCAGCAGACUAUGUGGAACGUGGGCAGGAACAUGUCAAGAUCACCCUGGAGCACCAGAAGAAAGCUCGAAAGAAGAAAGUAUUGAUUGCCAUCUGUGUGUCCAUCACUGUCCUCAUUCUGGCGGUCAUCAUUUGUGUCGCCAUACUGGCUUGAUAGCAUCGUGCGUUCUUGGCACUAAGAGCACCAGGGACCCAGGGUCUGCCUUCUCUGCCUGCACCCGGGGCAGGGGCAGCACAGUGCCUCCAGCCAACCCCCCUUUCUCACACUGGCCCUGUGCAGAGGGGCAGGUGGUUCUUCUGGGGUUGGCAGCCACUUGUUCAUGGGGACCUCUCUCCUUGGGCCACAAUGCCUGGCGGAGGGCCUGUAGUGUCCUGUUUGGAUGGGACACAUGGUUUUGUAAGAAAUUAAAAAAAAAAAAAAGAGGUUGGAGA